AACCCCCCAAAUUAUUCGGCACUAAUCUAACUCCCGCAUUUUCACACGCCGAUCCAACCCGACCCAGCCAUGGCUCCUCAUCCGCCUCCUAUCCUCCCGUCGAUCCCGCCCAAACCUCCCUUCCCAAACCCCAAUUGAUCGCUCACCAACUCUAACCCUACUCCAUAGCUGCCAUGGCGAUUGUCACCGGCGACAGGUACCUCGAUUCGCUAGUAAAAUUCGUCGAAAACCACGCCGAGAGGUUAAUCGAAGGGACGCUGGUGUUGAAAUUGAAUCCGGUUGGGUUGCGCUACGUGCAGUCGCGGCUGGAGGCGUUCGCAGAGCUGGAGAGCUUGUUGGCCGGAGCUCCGGUCGAUUAUCUGCGGGCAUAUGUUUCGGAUUUGGGUGAUCACCGCGCACUCGAGCAGUUACGGAGGAUUCUUCGGUUACUUCCGUCGUUGAAGGUGGUUUCGGUGCUGCCGCUGGGGAGGGAUCCGACGCCGCUCUAUUUGCUUCCGUUUGGGAGGUUGAAGGUUUUGGAGCUCCGUGGAUGUGAUUUGUCGACAUCCGAGGCGAAAGGAUUGCUCCAGCUGAGGUUUACCCUUGAGAAAUUGAUCUGCCAUGAUUCAACCGAUGCACUGCGGCAUGUGUUUGCUAGUAGGAUUGCAGAUAUAAGGGAAUCACACCAGUGGAACCGACUUUCUUUUGUUUCAUGUGCCUGCAAUAGAUUGGUUCUCAUGGAUGAGUCUUUGCAUCUUCUUCCUGCGGUUGAAACCCUUGAUUUAAGCAGGAACAAGUUUGCAACAGUGGAUAAUCUCAAGAAGUGCACCAAAUUGAAGCAUGUGGAUUUCGGAUUUAAUAACCUGAGGAGUAUUGCAUCAUUUAGUGAGAUAUCCUGCCAGAUUGUUAAGCUUGUGCUGAGGAACAAUGCAUUAACCUCAUUGCGUGGAAUUGAAAAUAUGAAGUCACUACAAGGGCUUGAUCUUUCCUACAAUAUUAUUUCAAACUUUUCUGAGAUAGAGCUUCUUGCUGGCCUUCCAUCUCUUCAGAGUUUAUGGCUAGAAGGUAAUCCUAUUUGUGGUGCAAGAUGGUUCCGGUCACAAGUUUUCAGUCUUUUUCCUCAGCCAGACCAACUAAAGCUAGAUGAGAAAAAAAUCUCCACAAGUGAGCUAUGGAAACGGCAAAUCAUAAUUGCUAGCAGGCAGAAGCAGCCAGCAAGCUUUGGAUUUUACUUACCUGUUUGGGAUGAUCCUGAUGCACGAGGGACUUUAAACACAAAGAGGAAGAGAAUAUCUCGUCUCGCCAGAAUUGAGGAUAAUGAGCAUAGCCCUUGUACAGGUUCUGACCACGAAUCACUCUCAUGUGAUAAUCAGAGUCAAAGCAGAGAUGAGAAUGCAAAUACAGAUGAAGAAGCUGAAAUAGAAGAUUUGGUGACAAAAAUAGAAUGUUUGAAAAAAGACCGAUCUGCUCUGUGGUUGCAGGAAUUCAGAGAAUGGAUGAAUCAAACGUUUGAUAAUUCUGUUGAUGCUGUUAAAUUUAGUACUAUCUUAGAUAAGAGUAAUGACUUUCUUCUGAAGAGCAAGACAAAUGAUGGGGACCUAGCCGAGACUUCUAGACACAUAUCCGACUCAUUUAAGCUUUCUGGAGAUGACAGCAGUACAGCUAUUCUAGACUCCGAGACAUCUUUUGCUGAUACAUCCACUGGUGUUGGUUCCCAACAAUAUCUUGAUCAAAUUGGUGAAUCAUCUUCUAGAUCUUUCUUGAGGCAAGAUGGAGGAGACAAUGUUCUUUUCAAAAACUUGAAGUUGAAUGAGGAUGAUCUGAGCCGUUUCAACAAUGAAGGGGGUGUGUUUUUGGAUGCUGGGAACUACAGUUCUGUUGUAGGCAGCACUAGGGACAGUGUAGCCACUGAAAAUAUGACUUCUACUUCCACUGCAUUGAAUGAUUUUACUGGGUUCCUUUCAUCUUCAGGAUGCCAAGGCUCCCCCCCUCAUUACCAAGAGGUUAUAUUACAAAGACGCCACCACCUAGAGGAAGAGUUUCUGCAGCUAUCCGCUGAAUCUUUCUCAUUAGCAUCUUCUGAGAGCAAUACUAGUAGUGAAGAUGAUUCUGCAGCAGUGCCUUCAGCAUCUCAAGUUCAUGAAUCUGCUAUUAACAAUACAUUUAAAGGGAGUUUCAAUGCGUUCUUUGUAGAUUCUUAUCGUGAUGAUGCAGGUAAAUAUUAUGAUAAUAACAAUUUGGCAUCAAAACCAAAUGGGAUAAAUACAUUGAGUCCAUGUACUCAUACUCAAGGAAAAAUUGUUAGAACUGAUGGUGAAGAGCCGGAAAUCUCUGCCUUUCUUUGCAGUGGUGGUUACUCUAAUGAUGAGCAUGGUGAGGAAGCUUUAGGAUUUAUUAAGGGGAAACCUGGUUCCUUAGAGAAGAUGAAACACAGAAGGAAACUUAGAAAAAGAAUGAUCUCCUUACCAGAGGAGGAGGAUGUACAUGGUGAUACUGACUCAUCAAGGAAGUCCACCGACCACAUGGAUCCCUACAAAAGUGAUGUUCUGCACGAAGGACAAGAAGGUGGUUGUUUAAGUGAAAUGAUAGAAUCUCCUCUAGCUGGAAAUUGUGAGGAUAUAGCUAUUGCUGCUACGCUGAAUGGUGGAAAAGAUGAUUUUAUUGUGACCUAUUUCAAUGCAAAUAUGGUUCAUUCUCGGGUAAAUGAAAUAUGUGUGAAGUAUGUGCUAUGCCAUUGUCUGUUUGUUGAAAGAUCUGAAUGUAAUGAAAGGGAAGUGGCAAUAUUACUCAGCAGUGAACAGAAGCUGUACAUUUUCCUUGUCGAUUCAUGUGAUGGGUCAGAAACGAGCUUGAAAAUGGUUGGUUGCCAUCAGGUUAGUGAUGUGGUGCAGGCUUUUGUUGGAUUGGGACUUCAAAUUAUUAGGGUGUGCUUUGAAGGUGAUGCUGCAUAUCUAUUCAUAACCCGGUGUAUGGAGAGAUCAAGAGAAUUGUUAUGUUUAUUGAAUAUCCUUGUUUUUCCUGGAAUGAAGAAUACAUGCUCCUUAACAAGCUUGGAGCAGAUGCAGUUCAAUUGUUUUAUGGAGCAUGUAUGCAGAGGUUCUAACAUCAACCUGUUGCAGUAUUCAAUGGUGCUCUUUUGCCCAAAUUUUUUUGGAGAAAAAUCCUGGGUCCCGAGGUCUCUCUUCAUACUUGAAGGACAUCUUCUUCUGUGCUCUGAAAAGCUGAUGCAAUUUGGCUCCUCUGAGAACACAUUCUCCCCUCAAUAUUUAUCAUUAGAUUGGUGUUGCACUACAAGUGACGUGUCUAAGAUGAUUAUGGAAAUGCAGGAUGGCCUCUGCGUUACAUUAACUUUAUUAUGUUGCAGUUCAGAGUUCCCUCCUUCUGAAAGGUCCACAAGUAUGGGUAAGGGAAAGACAAAGGCAGCUUCUGAUAUCGUAAAAUGGAAGCUGAAGUGGUUCUCAAGAGAGAGUCUAUUCAACUUUGUAGCCUUAAUGAAGGCAAUGGGGUCACCGCAGCUUCUUGUUGCAGAUGCACAGUGAGUGAGUUUACACUAGUGCCCGUCAUUUAUUACAUUUGUUUGAUUCUUUCGUGUAAAUGAGUGCAGUUUUGUUGUUUGGUUUUGGGCUUGGGCUUGGGCUUGGGUUUUUGUUUCAGUUUGGGUUUGUUCAGUUAGAAAGUGCUUGAGAGAGAGCGAGCGAGCGAUGUACAGUGUGUGUGUGUGUAUUGGGUUGCUUGCAUUUGCAUUUGGAUGGGUGCUUGUAUCAUUAUCCAAUUUUUGAUAUGCAUAACACUUUCUAUA